UGGAACCCAUGACACCCGGCGGGAGCAGUUCCAUGGGCUGGGCUCCAUGUACUGCCGAGGCGCAGCCGCCAUCAUCCUCACCUACGACGUCAACCACGCGCAGAGCCUGGUGGAGCUGGAGGACCGGUUCCUGGGCCUGACGGACACGGCCAGCGCCGACUGCCUCUUUGCCGUCGUGGGGAACAAAGUGGACCUGACCGAGGCAGGCACCGCCAAGGGCCCGGAGCAGGAAGAGGGCAGCCCCGCGGAGGCUGGCAGCAGCUGCGUGCCCUCCGCCAGGGUGCCCAAGCAGGUGAAGCCGGAGGACGCGGUGGCCCUUUAUAAAAAGAUCCUGAAGUACAAAAUGCUGGAUGAGAAGGACAUGCCUGCCGCGGAAAAGAUGUGCUUUGAGACCAGUGCCAAAACCGGGUACAACGUGGACCACCUGUUUGAGACCUUGUUCGACAUGGUCGUGCCAGUGAUUGUACGGCAGAGGGCCCAGGGCCUGCCGCAGACGGUGGACAUCCGUGAUUUCAAGCAGCCCAAACAGACGAAGUCAGGGUGCUGCACCUGACUUUCCCAGGGGUCGCCCCGACUGCCAUUUUGCACUUCGGGUCAGGGCUGUGACCCAGGGAGCCGGUGCCCAGGACAGAAGGCAGCGGCAGCAAUCAGAGAUCUGUACGGGCAUGGAAACAGCAGCUGCUUAUUGAAAGGAGAUCGAGGCCCAUCAUCUCCUCCGUCUACGUGUGGUGGGUUAAGAGGUAGGGACCCCACUGGAAUCAUCUCUUGAAACCCAUCUGCAGAACAAGGCUGCCCGGCCUGCCUGCCCGACCUGCUGCUCCGCGGGAACCAAGUGGCCCUGUCGGGACCUGGACUGGGGAGUCCCUCUUCGCCUCGGCACAGACGGGCGCUUUGCUGCGUAUAUGAGACCUGACACCAGCCGUUACCACAUCCUGCAACUUCUCUGUCUGUCGUGAUUGGCACUUGUUCCCUCUUCACUGUGAUAGGAUCUCUCUCUGGUCCUCCAUGUGGUACUUGUGUUUUUAUGCAUCACCGAAGUGAUUCUCCACCCGUUAAUUUAUACAAAAUCAGGAACAACUGUUUUUAUAUUGGUUGCGGCAGCGUGACUUACAUAUGUUAUUAAAAAGAGAUUUUCAGAAAAAAAAUGA